CUCUCUCAUCCAUCUUCUUCUCCAAAUCGGGCACCUGGUCGAAAGAGGUUAUACUUGUCAUCAGCUGCGGUGCCCCCAUGGGCAACCUGUCCCCUCUGUCAACCUGCCAAAGAUGAUAGACCUUGCCAUAAAGCUCGAUUACUUCCUUCAUCUCUUCGGUCUCAGCCUUUUCCCAGGCGGCUGUAGGAACGGCGGAGUUGGGCUGUGGCAUGACAAGCAUGCCAGACUUGACUUCAAAGACGUGCGAGUGCCAAAGUCGGCGCUCCUCCUGCGGUAGGGUUUCGUAUAAAUGAGGCUUGAUCAUGUACUCGACUCCAAUGAGACGGGCGCCUGGAUCGGGUGAGUCGUAGAGCAGACACUGGCGAACAUCCUCUGUUAGGUGACCGCAGUAGUGGUUUGCCUCUACUACCCGUGUUGGGUCAGAGGCAUAGACGUGGAAAGCGUUGAGGUGGGCGCAGAUGUUCUUGGUGGGAGUGAAAUCUUGGGUCAGGGCGGCGCCGGUUUCGAGGAUGGUGGACUUGGUGCUUCUCUCCUGGCCAGGAACAUGAUGGCAUUCCUUGGCAGAGCGAUCUUUGGUGUGGAAAAGAGCUGACAUUGAGAUGGUGAAUCUGUAUGUUUUCUUUUGGUGUAUCUUUUGAAGUAUCACGAUGUUCGUGGGCAGAAAAAGGUUGGACGAACCUGUAGGAGAAGAGAUGGUCCAAUCAGAUGCGGUGACGUCACCGUGAUGCCAACACUCUUAGUGAAGCCUCAGCUCUUGUGUUUUGCGGAGUACACUACCUAUUUUCCGCUAUUUCCUUGUGGCCAACAGACAGCUUGCCCGUGGGGCAAAAAGCGGAGGGUCACCCCGACCACCACCCGGCAGAGCAAACUUGGGAAGAUAUCUUCUCAGAACAGCCACUGACAAUAGCGGGAGCAUCGAAUCUCUUCUCUCCCUUUGCACCGCCAUUGCGCACGCGACACGACAGCAGUGGAGAGACGCGGCACAGCCACCAGCUCGCCAAUGGAAGCCGCAGCAGCUCGCGAAUGCAUGCGGGCUUCAAACAGCUUUGCAGCAAGAAGCCACAGUUCGAAGCACAGCGACUGGCGGCUGCGUCGUCAGGCUCUCUGGGAGCGGCGCAGCGUUGAAAGCUUGGCGUGUCCAUCGUCGCACUAGCCCAUUCUCCCAGCCACGACCGCUCCCAUUGGCUGCCUUGCUCUGAACCCAGGGCGGCCCAUUGCAUCGAGGCCUGUCCCAUCGCGGACGGCAGGUCGGCGCUUCAGUUCGUUCUCUGCACAACUGUUUUUCAAUCCACGCCAUCAACUUCUUCUUCGACAUCCACCCUGCCAUGUCUUGACACCUCCCUCUCCACAAGUCGAACCCGGCCCCCGACGAUUGCUUCCCAUCUCGGGGCACGUGCUGCUGACGAGAUCCCUUUCCUCCCCGAACCCCCCGGGCCUCAUCGCCACGAGACCGCCAGCAUGGAUCCCAACAAUGACUUCCCCAACAGCACCGUGUUUGUCAAGGUCGACGACGACCAGGAGAUGAAGGUCAACAUGACGGCCCUCAUAUUUGCAAUUGUUGCCCUGAUUGGCACCUUUGCACAGGUACUUCAACAAUACAUCGCCUCGGCCGCUGGCUACUCCAACUGCGGCGAGAGCGUCAUGGGCGAAUGGCACAAGAGCAAAAAGCGAGCGUUCCGAGCGACCGAGCUGCGAUUCGAGGUUCAGUUUGAGACGCCUGUUAUCUUCAUCUGCCCGCCGACCAACACCAAAGGUCCCAUCCCGGCGAAGCCCAUCUACUUUGUCGACGGCUCUGACCAGAGCUUGAAGGAUACACGCGCCUUGCUACCCAAGGAUGAGAAGUCGCGGGAGGAGAGGCUUGCGUCGAGCAAGGUGCACACGGCAGACAACGAAAGAGCGACCUGGGUGAACUUGCUUUCCCAGCUUCAGUCUAUGGAGCGGGAGAGCCAAGAAUGGCAGAAGGACUUUUACGGCCAGAACCCGCCUCUGAACCCCAGAUCCCACAUCGGAUUUAGAGAUCACACCCUUGCCAUCGCCAUGCAGGUCAAGAAGCGCAGCUGGGACAACAUGCCGACCGACAUCAAGAAGCCGUAUGCCACGACGGCCAUUUGCCAUUUGCUUGAGCUUGCCGCCAUCAUGGGCAUCUACUGGCAAGAGUUUGACCGAUCACGUGACAGGUACCGCGCCGAAGGAAACGGAUACAUGCUUACGGGAACCAACGUCAACGACCUUGGCCUCGUCUUCACCUUUCAGAUCUGUGGCAAGAGCCGGUUUAAAGAGAACCGUGUGAUCCCGGUCGAUGAGGUGAAAGACUUGUGUUGCGGCUUCGUGCCCACCCUCUUCCAGAAGAGCGACAAGGACAAGCGCAGGGUCGAGUUUCCAAAUGAGGAUGCCAAAGACCUGAGUGUCUUGCAGUUUGGGAGCAUGAACGAGAUUGCAGAGACCAUGGUGCUUAUUGACUGCAAUACCAACACGGCCAACUAUUUCCGAUCCAAGAACACCACUGCCCGGCACAGCCAUCUCUUUCCCGUGCCAUUUGAGUUGCUUGGUAUGCUUGGCAAAACACUGCAUAUCCGCAACAGCGCCUACCGCAUGCUGCCGAACCCGACGCCGUAUCAUUGGGACAAGAACUUCUUCAACCUCCGCAGGUUGAUCAAAGAGUACAAGAAGAAGAUUGACGAUACAGACUCGGAAAUCGCACCGACUCCGCGAAUUCAAGACCUCAAGGCGGAUGUCGCCGAGCUGGUUUUCGACUUGAACCUCGACAAGAAGUCGGCAACUCCAGGCUACUCGCUACCGCUGCUCAACAACCUACACGGGGUGCUUGACAGGUGUGACGUUUAUCUCAAGGAAGUAGCCGAUAUGGAUCUGGUGCGUAUGGUGGUCCGGGAGCACUUCCAAAGGAUUCUUAAGAUGAUCAACGACCCACAAGACAAGCCCGGGGCCAACACCAAGGACGACGGCAAGCACGCCACCGGGGAAGAGCGCCAGCGGGCAGAACGCUUCUCGGAACUCAGCGCAGCAAGUCCAGAGGUCCGCCAGGAGGCUUUCAUGGAACUGUACUUUUACAGCGUGCUCCCCGAAGUUAGAUACCGCGCUGUCACGUCGUAUAAGCGACAGCAAACCACUGGAUACGCACCCUCGAUCCGUUCACGCUCCGGUUCGCUCGAGACACUGCCAGACAUGAAGUCCUUUUCCGAGCCAGUCACCCCUACCGUUGUCUCAACGCCCAACAGGCCACUCUCGCCGGCUCUUGCGCCGCCAGUCCCGUCCCCAGGCCCCCCCCCGCCCGUACUGGAAAAGCAUCGAAGCACCCAAUCAGUGCCACUUUUGCGAGUCUCGACACCCACUCCUCCCACUGUGGACAAGACGACAAGCCUGGACACAGAUGCCACAGAUAUCUGGUGUACCCUCGUGCUGCGUAUGCUCUGUUGGCUGCUGCUGCAUGACUUCAACAAGAAGGAUGUGCAGAUACCCAAGAGCGAGCUGCUGGGAAACCGGUUGCCUGUGUACAUCGCCUAG